AUGUGCAUCUUCGGGUGGGGGCCUGCCAGCAACGUUUACGAGGUUAUCGACCUGCUUCAGGUGCUGAAGCAGACUGCCAAUGUGGACUUUGCUUACAUGCCCAUGGACUUCAAGAAGGGCACCAGCUUCGGGGAGGUCUUUGUGAACGCUGUUUCACCGGAGGCAGCCUUGGAGCUUUGGCACAUCCUUGAUGGGAUGGAGUUUCAAGGAGAGUCGGGGUGCCUGACCGUGAAGUGGGCCACCAAGGUCCAAGGCCUGGGUGCGCUCAUUGAGAAGUACCGAAACUUCUCGGUAAUGCAUCACUCCGUACCAGCAGUGGCCAAGCCCCAGUUGCUGGUCAACGGCACGUGUUCACACUUCCCAGCUCCCACACGGAAGCUGAAGAAGCCUCGAGCUCAUGCUCCUGUGCGUGGUUAG